AUGGGUGUUACAAGGGACGGACUAAGUAGACAUUUCUUCCACAGACCAUCUAAGGCAUACACAACAGGCACAAGAAAAAGAAGGAAAAUCCUAACAGAAUGUCAAGACUUGGCAGCUGCAGGUGGUGAAACCCGUUGGCACAAGACAGGCAAGACAAGGCCAGUAAUGGUGAAUGGAAAGCAAAAGGGGUGCAAGAAAAUUCUAGUCCUCUACACAAACUUUGGCAAGAACCGGAAACCCGAGAAGACAAAUUGGGUAAUGCAUCAAUACCAUUUAGGCCAACAUGAAGAAGAGAAGGAAGGUGAACUUGUGGUGUCCAAGAUAUUCUAUCAGACUCAGCCAAGGCAAUGUAAUUGGAGUAACACUACUACUAGCACUACUGUUGGUGGAGAAGCGAGCAGUGAUCUUAAUAGCAGAAGGGAUAGUGGCAGUGGGAGCUGUUCUUCGUCUAAGGACAUCAAUAAUAAUAAUAUCCCUUCUUCUCAUAGGGAUGAAUUGUCUGCUGCUGUUUGUGCUGCUAUGUCAAGUUACGCUACUAUGGAUAUUCAACAAUUCAAAGCUGAACAUUUUAGCUUUCUCCCAUUUAGGAAAAGCUUUGAUGAGGCAGGCAUUGUAGUAGGUGAAGGUGGUGGUUCGGCAGCAGCAGCAGCUGCACCAGUAGGCACGUCAGACGCGCGUGACAUUCACGAGACACAUCAUGUAACUCAUGAACAACAGCUGCUCCAGCACCAUCAUCAGGUUGCAACCGCAUCAUUCCACAUCAGCAGGCCAUCGCCCCCAAUAUCAGCCAUUAUAACUCCGCCUCCUCUCCAUAACACUUCCAUUAUUCUCGGCCAUGAUGAUGCCUUCCAUGUUCCAAGAUCAAUAAUCCUUCCAAAUGAAAACUUUCAGCAGCAGCAACAACAUCAUAAACUAGAAGGAAGGUCUGCAUCUGAAUUGGAACAAUUAAUAAUGGGCUGCACUUCAACUGAUAUCAAAGGAGAUCAGUCAUCCAUCACGAACCCUCAAGAUGCUGACUGGUUGAAGUACUCACACUUCUGGCCUGACCCUGACAACCCCGAUCAUCAUGCCUAGGAGCAGAAAUUUUGAAACUAUAAAUAGAGGAAAAGGCAACUCCCACAUAUAUCAUCAUUAGUACUUCAAGCCUUGUUCAAGUUUUCAGAAAUAAGUGACCAAUUCAACUAUAUAUAUCUAUAUAUA